ACAUGUUGAUGUUUAUGUGUUUUAUAAGGAUUUAUUCACGUGGUCGAUGUGAAUAUUGAGGAAUUGUCUUAUUUUAAAAUAUUUCCUUAGCAUAGCAUAAAUUACCUAUUAGCAAAUGAAUAAAAAUGCCAGCCACAAUACAUAAUGACGUUAUUGUAUACAAAGGAAGUAAUUUUUUGCGACAGCGUCUCUUACUUUCUACGUUAAGUGGCCGAUCGGUACGAAUAGAAGACAUUCGCAGUACUCAUGAUGAUCCGGGUCUUAGAGAGUAUGAAGUGAAUCUUAUUCGUCUUUUGGAUAAAAUUACUAACGGCACACGUGUGGAAUUGAGUGAGACUGGUACAUCUUUAUACUUCCAACCUGGCAUUUUGAUUGGUGGACAAUUAACCCACACGUGCUGUACUCAGAGAGGAAUCGGUUAUUAUUUAGAAGUCUUAUUAGCUCUGGGCCCUUUCUGUAAGGAACCAUUGAAUGCAGUGUUGCAGGGGGUUACUCACCAUGACUUGGAUGUAUCUGUUGAUAAAGUAAAGGCAGCUGCACUGCCGGUUCUUUUAAAAUUUAUCCUUGUUGAUGAUGGGCUUGAACUAAAAAUUGUGAGACGAGGUGCACCACCAUUAGGUGGAGGGGAAGUUGUAUUCAAGUGUCCUGUUCGUAGGAGCUUACGACCAUUACAGUGCAGUAAAUGGGGAUUGGUUAAGAGAAUCAGGGGUGUGGUAUAUGCCUUAAGAGUGUCACCUACUAUGGCCAAUAGAGUUGUAGAAUCAGCUAAAGGGGUUAUGCUGAACUUCCUACCUGAUGUCUACCUGAACACAGAUCAAUGCAGGGGUUCCAAUGCUGGUAAGAGUCCAGGGUUUGGCAUCAGCCUGGUUGCAGAGACUAAUGAAAAGACCUUCUAUUGUGCUGAAGCCAAAUCAAUGGAGCCGGGGAAAGGUGAGAGCACACUGCCGGAGGAUUUGGGGGCAGAGUGUGCCAAAAGACUACUAGACGAGAUUCACCGUGGAGGUUCUGUGGACUCCUCCUUCCAGUGGCUUGUAGCCCUGUGGAUGGCGCUGGGACACAAGGAUGUCAGCGAAUGUGUGGUUGGUCCACUAUCAGAAUACACAAUAAAGUUCCUGCAGCACCUUAAAGAAUUCUUUGGUGUGAUGUUUAAGUUGGAAGUGAUACGGGAUGAUAAUGAGGAAUCUGAUGAUGAACAGGGGCCUGUUGUGCAGAACGUGAAGAUGACCUGCGUCGGUAUAGGCUAUGUUAAUAUUAGUAGAAGAAUAUUGUAAAUAGGUAUUGAUAAUAUAUGUUUAAUAUGUA